AUGGAGUACCAUUCCGUCCCUCUGGAGGAGCGCGCGAAAGACGACAAAGGGAACAUUUUACCCUGGGGUUAUGUCUACAAAGACGAAGCUCGCAAUCCACGACGACCACCGGAGGAAUCUGGACCAUUUGGAAAGAGAAGAAAUGCGCGCUUUGAACACUCCCGAUCACGUACUCGCACCGGUACCCCAGCGAAGAAGGAGAACGCCAACGUAGCAGAAUUCGGCCGCCUUUUCGCCCAACAGCAAGAGGACGACAAGUCCCGGAAUACACUCCCCAAGUCAGCGUCGGCAUCGAGUCUCGAGAACGCGAGGAACCAGACGGAGAAGACCGCGACGGAAUGCAUGCUCUAUGGAUACAGGAGUAAAGAUUCAGAGUGGAAGGUGAUUGACAAGUAUGAGCGGACUUCGCGAGGGAUAAUCUGUGAGGACUAUCCGCGGAUUGACCCCAAAACCAGCAAUGGAUACGCUCAACUUCUCAGCGGAGGUGAUGUGGUGAUCCGCGCAAACUUGUCUGCCGAUGCCAACCGCAAGUCAAAACGAUAUGCGGGUGGUUUCCACUGGAUCAAGGUCACAUUCGAUUCCACGACGGCUGCGGAUCGUGCUUGCUUCUACUCGCCGCUGGAAAUUGAUGGACAUCAUGUCUUCUGCGAGCUUUACCAUGGACAAGGGCCUGCAGAAGAUGUCCCCAUUCCUGUAGGUUCGACGGAGUCUAACCGAGUCCUGGCGCAAAACAAGCGGACUCUCAGCACAUCUCACUCUACUGCGUUCCUACAGAACAAAGACAGGGAACGCUCGACGUCGACGCUGCCUCGAUCCUUUGGAAUGAACAACCUCGCUAGCAUUGCUGAUUCUGAUGAUGUCUUUUCUCAAGACACAACUAGCACAGUCAGCUCAGCGACCGCCACUGGCAUCGAGCAAUCCACCCUACAGCAACGACACGUCGCCAAAGAAGCCACAACAACCACCUCCGAAUUUAUGACACAUGCGCCAACAGUACGACGGACAAAACUCCGACCGAUCGCCGAAGCUCUUCCCCCAGCACCCACAGUCACUGAGCGCGUCCUACGAUCAAUCCCGAUUCUUAGUUGGUUUACGGGUGAUAUCGUUGGCGACGGUCCACAGCUCCGGGAAGACGGAACCUUCGACUAUGACAAAUCCAACGUAUACUGGCGGUUCUGGUACAUGGUGGACUUGAUCUUAGGGACGGAUAUUUGUGGCCUGAGGGAGGAUUCAUGA